AUGAAGAAACUUCCACAGAACUCGCCAAUCAUACUUAAUUACAUAGAGAAUAUGGAAUACAGCAUACAGCCAAUUCGUUGGCUGCUGAAGCCGAUAAGUGUUUGGCCAGUGAUGGACUCAUCCAUCACGGAGAAGAUUUCAUCAGUUGUAUUACUGAUAACAUGCAUUUUUUUAAUCGUCAGUAUAUUAGUGCCUUGCGCAUUGGCUAUAUUCCUGGACGAGACUAAGGAUGUGAAUAUGAAGAUACGUGAUUUUGGACCACUCAGCAACUGGGUACUGGCGAGUCUCAAAUAUACCUCCUUGCUGGUACAUGUCGGCGACAUACGUCAAUGUAUCAAACAUAUCGAAACGGAUUGGCGGGCCAUAACGAAGUCUGAAGAGCAGGAAGUGAUGCUGAGGAAUGCCAGGAUCGGUCGUUUCAUCGCGAUAUUCUCCGCAAUAUUUAUACACAGCGGCGUAUUCUCGUACAGUAUUGUCCGAGGAAUGACGUUGAGCGAAUCCGUUGUCGAAGGUGAUAACGCAUCGGAACGUUCGCUGCCUUUUCCCUUCUAUAAUAAGAUUCUGGACACCACGACGAGUCCAAUGUACGAGAUAGUGUUUACAAUACAGUGUCUAUCCACGUUCGUUGUGAAUUCUGUAACAGUAAGCGCUUGUUGUCUCACCUCUGUCUUCGUGCUGCACGCCUGCGGUCAGUUAAAAAUUUUGAUGUCUUUGCUGGAUAGUCUGAUCAACGAAAGAAACGAAAAGACAGACUCUUCGCAGCAAAAGUUCGCUAUCAUCGUUGAGCAUCAUUUAAGAGUACUCAGCUUCGUAUCUCAUAUAGAGAAAAUUACGAAUAUAGUUUGUCUUGUGGAAGUAGGAGGGUGCACACUGCACAUGUGUCUGUUGGGUUAUUAUUGUAUACUGGAUUGGAACCAAAACGAAAAAGAAGGUAUGGUGGCAUAUGGUAUAAUAUUGAUCUCGGUUACUUUCAACAUCUUUAUAUUUUGUUACAUCGGAGAGAUUCUUUCAGAACAGUGUGGUCAAAUUGGUGAAAUUGCCUACAUGACAAAUUGGUAUUUGUUACCCGGAAAUACAGCCCUCGAUCUAGUUUUGAUCAUUUUAAGAUCCAGCAUUGUAGUCAAAAUCACUGCUGGAAAGAUGAUUGAGCUUUCUCUUUCAACAUUCGGUAAUGUAAUUAAAUCCGCGUUAACGUAUUUAAAUAUACUUCGUACCCUCAUUACGUAA